CGGUGUUACUGUGUCAGAGGUCUCCUAGCUUGAUGCAGGGGUGCUGUCGACAGCCUGCAGCCUCAGAAAAAUAAAACAGACUGAUUCAUCCCGCGUCAAUAUAACCGUUCCGGAAGAUGGUGGCUAAACAGAGGAUCCGCAUGGCCAACGAGAAACACAGCAAGAACAUCACGCAGAGAGGAAACGUAGCCAAGACGCUGCGACCACAAGAGGAGAAAUAUCCUGUGGGUCCCUGGCUGCUCGCCCUCUUUGUAUUUGUUGUCUGUGGAUCAGCCAUAUUUCAGAUCAUCCAGAGCAUCCGCAUGGGGAUGUGAUGCAGAGGGAGCCUGUGGACUCCAGUCACCUCCCCCUCCCCUCCCCAUGCCCUCAAUGAGCCUGGCUAGCCUGCACCUGCACACCCCGAACCCCUUCCAGAGGCCCAGAGACUGAUGCCAAAGCUUCGGAUCCAGCAGACCUCAGAGAGAGAAGUUUCCCCAGCCACCUCCUCCACCAGCCCCUCCUUGGGACGUCCCCCCGCCCUCGAUCAGUGUUUACAGUGUUGCAGUCUGUGGUACUGACAGCUUUUCUAUGGACAGUCUAAAACCACGCUGGCUGGAGAACGUGUGUCUUCAUUACUCACUUGGCACCUUUGUGUGUGUGUGUGUGUGUGUGUGUGUGAAGGUGUGACUGUUAACAUGAGGAGAGUGUGUGACAGUGAUUCCUGCUGAUUAUGUGCCAUAUCUGUCUUAAGUAUUCGUCUAUGUUAUGUGAGUAGAAGAAUCUUUUUUCAAAUAAAUGUUAAGCAUUUAGGAAAAACCCA